AUGAUUCAAGGUUCUUUGGGUUCUUUCCCUGGUACAACUUGUGGGCACUUUGCCACAAUUUGCUUAGCGAGGCAUGCUGUCACACAGGUCCGUGGCUCAUUUCCUCCCACAGCAGUCUUUCAGGGCCCGAAGAAAGGCCCGGAGGCACAGGAGUUGCAGUGCUGGAAGAGCCUGAUCCAAGAGUUCAUCUUCAAACCGGGCUUUUGCUGUUUUCUUCAGGAUCUUCUGAGUGCUCUUCGCGGCGGCCAGGCUGGUUGCAGCGCGGCGCGCGGAAGCCGCAUGGGAGUCACCGUAGUCGCCGUAGUCACCCCAGGGAGCCACUCCCUUGACAACCUCAGGAGCCGCCACGGCCAAGUAGUCAGUCAGCGGGAUGAGCGGAUUCGGGCUCCUUGCCGACGGUCAAUCAAGCCUGGGCGUGAACGCCUGGCAUGCACCCUAGACUUGAAACCAAAAACUCAGGGGUGUCAUGACGAAAAAAUGCCCAAGCGUGCCGCCAAGCCCAUCUUCACGAUCCACGUUCACACCUCGCAAAGCAGCAUAUCCGACACGCAACAUGGCAGAAGGUCCAACUCUGUGGUGCUGCGGCUGGACAGCCUCAGCGAAUUGAGGCCGAAGAGCACACCGUUUUGCUGGCUAAGCCCAAGCUCUUCUUUGCACCAGCAACUGCUUUGUGCGACUGUGUCCACAACAGCCCACAGCCUGCAUUGGGCGGAGGCUUUGCCGUCCUCAGUAUCUCGCCUGAGUCAGCAAAGUCCAAAAGCCCCCAUUGACACCGAAGCCAGCAAAGGCCGUGAAGGGCUCAAAGGGCUCAAAGGCUCAGCGCGGUGUCGGCCGUUGGUUUUGCAGAGGCUCCUUGAUUUACUUGGACCGCUAGUGGGACUACUAGUGGGACUGGCGUACAGCACUUCGUGUCAAUAG